CUAUGGCUGUGUCAAAAUGACCGUAUGUUUGACAUCUAAUAGCCGUUGAUUAAUAAAUCAAUGUGUUGUAGUGGUGUCGUUAAACAAAACAAACAAACAAAGCCUAUGUCUUUUCCAUAAAUUAUACACGCAGGCACGGCGGAAGAAAGUAGACAUUGUCUGACUGAGUUUCUAGGGGGUUCGGAAGAUUUACUACCAAUAUUUUUUAUUCAGAAUUAUUGGGGGGGGGGGCUAGAUCACCAUAGCCACCCCACCCCCCCUGCUCCGCCGUGCCUGACACGUACUAGUAUUUUACCAAGAUAUAUUGUAUGCAAGUAACCUAUGACCAUAAUUAUAAACAUAGGGUGUAGCGAUACAAAUUUAAUUCAUAUAUUCAUACAAAGUCUUAAAAAGUUGGGCUUUUUUAAAGUACUGGCGCCAUAUAACCGUAAAUAGAAUGUGUUGAGUGCGUCGUUAAAUAAUACAUUUCCUUCCUUCCUUUUUAAAGUAUUUUAAAUAGCUGAUCAGUUAAUACAUUGCUAUUUAAAUUGCCACAGCAUUAAACUUUCGCAGUACAGCAUACUCCUUACACAUACACACACACACAUGUAAAAUGGGACACUUCAUUCUUUUUUAACUUUAUCACUGUGGUUUCAUCAAGAUUUAACAGGACACUUUGUUAUAAAAGAAAAAGAAAGAAAAGCCUCUUACGAGUGGAAAGACGCUUCAGCUUCUUAAAGGUAUGUUUAACAGCACUCGUGUCUGGUGUUGACACACUUUGCCUGCACAAGGACCGGGACACGCUGAAUAUUCGAUUAACAGACGGCCAACUCGGUCCGCCGCUGUCCCUUUCAUUCAGUCAGACGUCACCUUACGUCUGCGCAGGUAGCAGACGACACGGUCGCGAGUGAGUGGGGCUGGUGAAUCUGGCAGAAAUGUCGAACAUUCUGCAGUAUGUUAAACAGUUUUACCUGCAAAGAGUGGUUCUAUAUGGAUUAAUAGCACUUUCGAGUUUCUUCGUUAUCGGACCCUUAGGGGAAGUAUUGGUUAAUUUUGGUGACAAGUGUAUUCUGUACGCUGACGUGGAGUUUAUCAAGAACAGUUCAUACACAGCGACAUAUUUCCUCGUCAAGUUUCCACCUGAUUCAUCGGUGUGUCACUACAACCUCGUCAUAGCCAUCGUGUUUUCCCUUGUCUACGCCGGGGUCGCCAUCGCACUAUACAUUUACCUCUACUUCAAAGCAAGGGACAGUGAAUCACUCGACAUAGCUAACAUCUACUUCGUGAUCCACUGCGUGCUCGACGUGGCCGUCGCGGUUCUCGUGCUGGUGGCCGCCUGCACCAUCAGCAGGGGCUUCUCGUACGUGUGUGACCAGUUCAUGAACGGCGUCAACCACGGCAUCAACAUGCACAGCUGUUCGGAUGCUCAACGAUUUGAAAACUGGUUUAAUAUUGAUGCCAGCAAUUUUCACCUGUGCCUUUCAAUUGCAGUGGUUGGAAGCUGGCUGUGUUUUUUAUUUUGGUUGAUGCAAGCAGUGUUUGGAGGCUGGAAACUGUGGAGACUGAAUAUGUUACCAACGAUUCCUGAAAAACUGAAAAUAUGCUGCAGGGACACGUGAUGCAUUCCAACAGACGUGAUGUGUAUAUAAAAGACAAACCAUGUACAAUAUAUAUAUAUUAAUAUUUAUUACACAUAAUUAGGGUGUUUCAUACCCAGAGUGAAACAACUCAGUACAGCGUCCCAGAACCAGAGCUGCAGUUAUUAUUUAUUUUUCCAUUGGAAUGGGGUGGGACGUAGAGAGGCUCGAUGGAAUAACAACUAACAGAGCAGUUUGUCUCUGGUUAUUAAGUCCUUUUUAGUUCAGUUAGGUUACCUGAAGUCAGGUGGAGAUGUUUACCAUUACCCACUGUCUACACAAUACAAAUCACUAAUUUAAUUAUGAUUCCAUUUUCAGUAUCAAGAAUACCUGGGAAUUUCAGUUCUCCCAUGACGUCAAUGAGGAUUAAUUCUAAAAUACCCAUGCCCCACACCAGUCAUUUUAAUUGACCAUCUGUCAUGUUAUUGACAGAUACAAUGUGGUUUCAGUGCUGGUACGAAUGACCAGCCCCCCCCCCCCCCCCAAUAAUUUUGGCUUUGUUUUUCAUCUCGACUGAAUGUAAAAGUUGUAGCGAGACUUAACGGAUCGAGAUUAACGGCGAGAGUUAGGGCAAAUAAUCAUGCCCCCGGACCCCCCAAAUAUCUCGUGCCUUCGACGCUCGUUCAUUUGUCCACUCCCCACCCCAAUAAUGUCCACCAUUCUACGGGCCUGGUUUGUAGAAGCUUUGAUAAAACUAAUGAAUGGAUCCUAUGCAAUAUGGGUCUUCUAAGCUAGUCUUGGGAGCGGCAAGCCUUCUACGGGCGGUGCAGGAUGGAUGAAACAUCAUGUUACGGGAUCUCCUUGGGGAAUGGCCGUCCUCCUAAGGACAGCACCUGAUAAUGGAUCAUCGAAUCAAUCACGAUAUUGCGUAAUAUCCUUUCGACUCUGCCAUGUGCAGAGAUACUAUUUUGAUAAUGGAAUAUGGUUUUGUCGUUCAGAUUUAGUCCAAACCUGUCUUAUAUAUUGAUUCCCUCAAGUAAUAACCCCGGGGAAGGUAUUACUUCAGUUUGACUGCACCUGUGAUCUUUAAAUGAAAUGACAUAUGACUGAUUUGCUAGUCUCAGUAUCGACUUUCCGUGUCUUGAUGGAGAUCCAUUUCGGUAGGAGCAGUUAUGUACAUUGGCUACUUCACUUCUGUGUGUACUCAAAUUAAACAACAAUAAAUGAGAUUUUCAUUUGGAACUGCCAGUUCUGUUUACGUAUACAUCUACUGAAAUCCCACAUUUAAUGUAAAGGUAACUAUAACAGUCUACUAAACAUUCAAAAUUGUGCCCUAAAUAGAAAACAAAAGAUGUAUAUUGUAUGAAUUAUACUUCUCAGACAUUUCACAUGCUAAUAGUUUUUGUUAUGAUAAACAUAGAUACAUGAUGAUGUAAUCUUAUAGACUUGAUAAAUAUAGACAUGGUGGAUUUCACUUAAUGUUUAAUUUGUCAUGUAUCUAUAAUCCUAGUCGUAAAAAAAAGUGCUUUAAAUUAGUAUAUACGUGUAUUUAGAUAUAUUUAUGUACUUAAAGUUGUGUCCAAUAUAGUUCUUUUAUAAUGUAAUUGUUAAUAAAAGAAUUUUUUAGUA